ACUUCUCCCUGCGUGAUGCUAAGAUGCUACUUGGGACGCAGAUGAGAGGGUCAAACGACAAAGUCAUAAGAAAAGGCUACGCUAUAGAAGAGCUACAAGAUCUUCCAACUGACUUCGACGCUCGCACCGCAUUUCCCAAUUGCUCAAAGGUUAUCGGCCACAUCAGAGACCAGUCAGCUUGUGGAAGCUGUUGGGCAUUCGGUGUCACUGAGGCCUUCAAUGACCGCUUAUGUGUCAAGUCGAAUGGGACGUUCACGGAGCUCCUAUCGGCCGGCGAGAUGAAUGCUUGUGCGCCGUCCUACGGAUGCGAUGGUGGAUAUCCUGAUUCAGCCUGGUCUUGGGUGCACGAUGAAGGGAUCGCAACUG